CGGGACGAAGCCAGACGAAGCGUGGGGCAAGGCGAGGCAAGACGAGACGAGGCGAGUGCUCGUGCAAGACGAGAGUGGCGCAAUGGUAACUGUUGGUGGUGUUAUUGCUGGUGUUCGUUGCUGGGUUCUAGCGCAAAAAUUACGAAUAAAGGGUGUGUAAGAUGCAUCAGUGGCGGAGCUCGCGCACAAUCAGCACGCACAGCUCGUCCUCGGCCACGGUGACGCUGCCAGGAGUGACGAGCGGCGCUUGGAGCGUGAGAGUAGCGCGAGGAUACAACCGAGUAGCUUAGCUGUCGUGCGCGGCAUCGAGCUCCCAAUGCGAGACGGAGAUAUCUGCGCCCUGAGCAGCGGACCGACCGACAGACGGACGACUCUGUCAGCCCCCCCGUCGCUCCUGACGACGAUGCCUCUUGAAAAUUUCACGGACUCUCCGUAGCGCGUGGUCUUCUUCUUGGAUAAAUAGAGAAAAAAAAGUGCCUGUGAUUCUGUGAGCACGGUGAAAUGUUUUCAUCGCCGGCGUCAGCGGGCGAGCCGUCGGGCUACGACUUUCAGAAAGAGGAGAACGCCGCCAAGUGGAAGGGAGUGUUUGUCAACUCCCUGCCUAAGGUAUUGGAGCAAGUACAUCCUAGUCUCGAAGCUCGACAAGAUGCCUUAGAGUACGUGGAGAGUUUAAUCUUAAGAAUACUAGGCUUGCUUUGUGGACAUCCACCUCCUCAGACUCUUCAAGAUAUAGAGGAAAGAGUAAGGCGGAUGUUUCCUACACCAAUUGACAAGUGGGCUCUACGCGAUGCGAGAGAUGCAGUAGAAAAAGGGAAAAAAAAAUCGCCAUUAGUGCUACCUGUCGACAAGAUUCAUCAGUUAUUGCAAAAGGAGGUAUUGCAGCACAAAAUUGACUGGCAUUUCAGCCUGUUUGUAGUUGCAGUUUUGGAAUAUAUCGCUGCUGAUAUCUUUAAGCUAGCUGGAAAGUAUGUGAAGAAUAUUUGCCAUAUAGAGAUUACGUGCGAAGACGUGAGAGUUUCGAUGUACGCGGAUGUGGCACUGAUGGAUAUGUUUUAUCAAGAUAAUUGCACACAAGCAAUUGCGAGCAAGGAAGGUCCACAAAGUAGCUUGGGUGCAAUUAUUUCGCAGACCUACGAGGAGUCUGUUCGAGAUCUCAUUCACGAUGAGCGGCAUUAUAUUCGUGACCUACAUAUGAUUAUCAAGGUAUUUCGCGAAGAAAUUGCGAAGUUAACUCAAGACAAGAGCGAAUUAGACACGAUUUUUAGUAAUAUUAUAGAGAUUUAUGAACUUACUGCGACAUUACUCAGCAGUCUAGAAGACAUAAUGGAGAUUACUGAGGAGAAGCAGACACCUACGAUUGGUUCAUGCUUCGAAGAAUUAGCGGAGGCAGCAGAGUUCGAUGUUUAUAGAAAAUACGCGAGAGAUAUCUCAGUUAUUAUUAAUCCGACUAAUCGGGAAAUUUUAAUGAGUAUAUUGUCGGAACCGGAAAUUAAUGCUGCCUUGAGAGCAGCGGGUCAUGGUUUUAAAGAAGCCGUUAAAUAUUAUUUGCCAAAACUCUUAAUGCAACCCAUAUGGCAUUGUUUCCUGUAUUUUGAUUACAUAAAGGUCUUACACGAGCGCACACCUAACGUAGAGGAUGGCGAAUCCUUGGAGCAAGUAGAAGUCAUGUUAAGUCCGGUGAAAGUGGAAUUGGAGGGUAUUGUGUCGAGUUUUCCAAAAAAGGAUACGUGUUUGCCAAUGCAGAGCAGAGCCAGGAAACAGGCGGCGUUAGUGAAGAUUUGUGAAUUACAAAAGACUGUGGAAGGCUGGGAUCAAAGAGAUAUCGGGCAGUGUUGCAAUGAGUUCAUUAGAGAGGACAUGUUAGGAAAAGUGGCUAGCAAUGGACGAAGAUUAACGGAGAGGAAAGCCUUGUUAUUCGACGGUUUGCUGGUACUGUGCAAACCGAGUGGUAGUAAACGAGUUAGCGUUACUGUUGCAGCGAAUAUCGUUGCAGUCGGAGUGGGUGCACAUCCGGUCCACCAAGGUGAACUCCGAUUGAAAGAAAGAUUUUUUAUUAGAAAGGUCGAUAUUAUUGAUAGAGAGGACACCGAAGAAUUAAAAAAUGCCUUCGAAAUCGCACCAAGGGACCAUCCCAAUGUUAUUCUUGUUGCCAAAUCUGUCGAGGACAAGAAUAAUUGGAUGGCGGAUUUAGUGAUGUUGAAUACAAAAAGUAUGUUAGAAAGGACUUUGGACAGUAUCCUUCUGGAUGAAGAGAAAAAGCACCCAUUGAAGCUACCUCCAUCUCACUUGUAUAAAUUUGCCGAACAAGACAGUUCGGAAAAUAUUGUUCUGGAGGCUAGAGAGAAUGGUGGUGUUCCGUUGAUUAAAGGUGCAACUUUGAUAAAACUAGUAGAGAGAUUAACUUAUCAUAUAUACGCUGAUCCAGCUUUCGUAAGAACAUUCCUUACUACUUACAGGAGUUUUUGCUCACCUCAAGAACUAUUGACGUUGCUAAUAGACAGAUUUGACAUACCGGAUCCUUCAUUAGUCUACGGUGAAGAAGAAAAGCCCUCUGUGUGUAAAACAGCGAGAGAAGAUUGGAAAAGAUAUAAGAAGGAAUUCUGUCAACCGGUACAAUUUAGAGUGUUGAAUGUAUUGAGGCAUUGGGUGGAUCAUCAUUUUUACGAUUUCGAGCGUGACAGAAAUCUUUUGGAAAGAUUGCAAUCGUUUUUAGAUACAAUUAGUGGCAAAUCCAUGCGAAAAUGGGUUGAUUCAGUGCUAAAAAUUGUACAAAGAAAAUGCGAACCGUCAGAACAACGACCUAUUACAUUUAGUUUUGAGCGAUCUCCACCACCGAUUGAGUGGCAUCUUAAAGUUCCUGAGGAAGAAUAUGGAAUACUUACGUUACAUCCUAUCGAAUUAGCAAGGCAAUUAACACUAUUGGAGUUCGACCUGUACAGAAUGGUAAAGUCCUCCGAGUUAGUCGGAUCUGUAUGGACGAAGAAGGACAAGGAAAAAACGUCACCAAACUUGCUGAAAAUGAUCAAGCAUACAACAAAUUUCACGAGAUGGCUACAAAAGACAAUAGUGGACACUGAAAAUUUCGAGGAAAGACUAGCUGUCGUAUUACGUGCAAUCGAAAUAAUGAUGGUGUUGCAGGAUCUCAACAAUUUUAACGGCGUUCUGGCGGUCAGCAGUGCUUUGCAUUCGGCUGCGGUCGAUAGGUUAAAACUUACAUUCGCACAAAUUCCGGCACGAUUUGAAAAGGCGUUGGAACAAGGGAAAGAACUUAAUAGCAAUCAUUUCCGAAUAUAUCAAGAAAAACUGAGAUCUAUCAAUCCACCUUGCGUACCAUUUUUUGGUAUGUACUUGACCCACAUUCUGCACAUUGAAGAGGGAAAUCCAGACUAUUUGCCAGGCAAUCCUGAGCUUAUUAAUUUUAGUAAACGCCGAAGAGUCGCGGAAAUAACUGGCGAAAUACAGCAGUACCAAAACCAACCCUAUUGUCUUUCAGUGGAGCCUAGAAUAAGACAAUUUAUUGAAAAUCUAUGUCCUUUCGACCCUAAUAUGCCGGAGAACGACAUAAGCAAUUAUUUGUUUGCGAAAAGUUUAGAAAUAGAACCGAGAGGAUGCAAGCAACCUCCACGAUUCCCGCGUAAAUGGCCAGACUUGAACUUGAAAUCGCCGGGGAUCAAAGCUCGAAGUCUGAGCGGAAGAUUGCCAGCUCCGUUACACGCGGUAACGUCUAGCGUGAGAUUGCACGAUCCUCCAGCGGAAGCGCCGCCCCCUCCCGAAUUGCCGGAAACACCGCCGCAUGUAUCACAGAGCACAAUUUCGCAUAUAGGGGAUCACAGUGUUUGUGCACCCAUCUUUUUAGGAGCCGUGCCACCUCCAGGAUCACCUAGUCCGCCUAGCAUGUCGAUCGCUUCGUCGAACAGCAGCCCUCAAUUGGGAUCGCCUGGACAUAAUCCUGCUUCGCAUUAUCAACAAACCAAUCAUUUUGGCUUUCAUUCCGGCACCAUAGGCAUGAUGAGUGCUUUAACGGGUCUAUCGUUGUCGUCAUGUGGGAGCCCCAGUGCGAUACCAACACUGCCGUGUUCCAUUAACAUACCUCCGAAAUCUCCUCCACCUCUGCCGCCUAGAAAGAUUUUGCCCACUCGAAGAAAAGAGAACUCAAUUAGCGAAUCACCGCAACAAGCAAGGCAAGCGCCAAACGCACCAAUGCUUCCUCCGAGAGAUGAUAUCUCCCCACCGCCGUUACCACCGCGAAA